AUGCUAGAAGUUCGCAGAUCCAGUUUGGUUCGACAAAUGGCGUUUCGACAGGAUUCGAAUGAUGUGAGUUUGGGGGAGAAAAUUGGUGCGGGUAAUAAUAGCAAAAAAAAAGUUAAAGUGUAGGCUCUAAAAACUACUAUGCUCUUGACUGACGCAUUUUUUGUAGCUCAAAAUUAGCCUGAUAAUUCACUGUCUUUCAAAAAUAAUAGACAAUUUUCGAAACGUAUAAAAUCUUUGAUUUCUGAUAAUGAUUUCUGAUUAUAGGAAAUCUAAUGAAAUCACAAAUUUGAAUAAAUUUUAUUCUGAUCUUCAGAUUCUUGAAAUUGAGGUUCGAGAUCUUGAGAUUUAGGAACUUUCAACAUAGUGAAAAACUUUGUUGAUGUAGAAUUUUACCAACAUCUGAUUUCAAGCUUCUAUUUUGUGGGUUCUCAAAAAUUGUGAGCUCUAGACCCCCCCAAACCAUAUCCCAUCUUCCAGACAGAAAUCGCGAUCCGUCACGGUCAUUUGGCGCCUCCCAACACAAUUCCCGACUCGCCACGUCCUCAAAAAACCGGAGAGCACCCGCUUGGCACAAGUUCCGGUCUAUCUGUAGAUGUUCCAAAUCCGAACCCGAAUUCCAACAAAGAGCCGAAACCAAAAGCAGCCAAAAAAUAA